CUGAAACGUCGCGCGCUGUUGAUGGCAGUCGGUCGAGGGCGCCAGAAUCUCACGCAGUGCGCGCGCGUCAUCUCUUCCUGAGCAAGGCUGACAUUACUCUCACUCGCUCCUCUGUGGAAAAACUCGGCGUCAGUCUGUUCUUGCGGAGAGGAAACUUUCUUCCUUUGACGGCGCGCAGUCGACAAGAUUUGCAGUUUUCUCAAGCGCAUACCGCUCCAUCUGUUUGGAUUACUGGCAUCCGCGACUACAAAAACAUAAUCCGCCAAUCUUUUCGGAAGGUGGAUUUGUGCGGUUCCCCUUAAUUUUUGCGUGACAACUGUAUUCAUGUGCUCGCAGCUUCCGGAUCUAUCACUGUUUUUAUCUCUCGCACAAGAGCACAGUUUGCGGAUUUUUCUUCUUCACGGCGUUUAACCCUGUGAACUCGUUUUAAAUCGCACAUUGGUUUAAUUAAUAGUAAAUGUCAACACCAGCAUGAAGAUACGUACGUAAGAGUGGAGAUUUUCCCUGAUGAAAGGAGUCGAGCGCUCCGCUCGAGUUCACUAGGGUCACUUCCAGAUGAUGACAGUAAACAUGGAUGGCGGUCUCCAAAAUGGACCCGGACAGCACAAGAACUCACAAGAUGAUGAAGAGGCGCUCACCUCCAUAAUGAAGGACCUGGCUGCUUUACGCUUCUGUUACCAGAUCAAGAGCAACAACAGCAACAAGCCCAAGAGCAGAACCCCUUCCUAUAGACAGGAUUUACGGGUGAAGCUGGAGCAUGAGCGAGAGAAACGAAUUAUUCCAUUCCAAAGGCCGCUGAAGUUCAAGGAUCUGCUUCAGAAGGUGACAGAGGCCUUCGGCCAGCAAAUGGACCUAUACUACACGGAUAAAGAGAUGUUGGUGGCUCUGAAGUGUCAGGAGGAUUUGGACAGAGCAGUUCAGGGAUUGAGCUCCAGCUCUGGAAUGAACAACGUACUGAGAGUGAUUCUGAAAACACCUCCCAACAACCAAUUCCUUCAGGUGAGCGAGAUGAAGUCAUCCAAGUCCCUGGGAGAUCUCAAAGCCUCGGUUCUCAAAGGCUCUGAACGAGUGCGCAAACACUCUAUAGGAUCUCUGAACACGGGUCGCACCUCACCCCCUCCGGGCAGCAUACCAGAAGAACAACAGCAGAUCGCUCGGCAGGGGUCCUACACCAGCAUCCACAGUGAAGGAGAGUUCAUCCCAGAAAUGCUCGACUCCAAUCUCAUGGAGCCGUUUGGGAGUGCGAAUGGGUCACUUUCCAGCAGCUGUCAGUCACUGGACCAAGCACUGGACAGCCCGCCAUUCUCCCAGAACAACCGGGACAACAAUUAUCUGAACCUCAACUAUGAAUACAAAGGGCGUCAAGGGAAACACGGGACCUUCCCACGCCAGUUCCACAUGUCCAGGCGCAGUAAAGACUAUGGUGAUGGUCGGAAGACCUUUCCUCGAAGCUUUAUGCCUCAAGAGAACAUGUUUCAGCUGGUCCCGUCCAGCCGUACACACAGCUAUAAUGGAGAAAGCACCUUGCUGUACAGUGGAGAUCUGCACUCCAUCAGCUGGACUGAGAAAAACAGCCAAUGCAACACUCCUAAAUCCCCAAGGGCUCCUGUAAACUGGCGUCGGGGUAAGCUGCUCGGUCGGGGAGCGUUCGGCGAGGUCUACCUCUGCUACGAUGUUGACACGGGACGUGAACUGGCAGCCAAGCAGGUGCCCUUUGACCCUGACUCUCAGGAAACCAGCAAGGAAGUCAAUGCACUGGAGUGUGAGAUUCAGCUCUUAAAGAAUCUGCGUCACAAACGUAUAGUUCAGUACUACGGCUGCUCGCGUGAUCUGGUGCAGAAAAAGCUGUCCAUUUUUGUGGAAUUAAUGCCCGGGGGCUCUAUUAAAGACCAGCUGAAGGCUUACGGAGCACUGACUGAAAAAGUCACCCGCAGAUACACCCGACAGAUCCUACAGGGAGUCCACUAUUUGCACAGCAACAUGAUCGUACACAGAGACAUCAAAGGCGCUAACAUUUUGAGGGACUCCUCUGGAAAUGUGAAGCUGGGAGAUUUCGGGGCCAGCAAACGCAUUCAGACAAUCUGCAUGUCCGGGACGGGAAUCAAAUCGGUCACAGGCACCCCCUACUGGAUGAGCCCAGAAGUCAUUAAUGGAGAAGGCUACGGACGCAAAGCAGAUAUUUGGAGUGUUGCCUGCACGGUUGUAGAGAUGCUAACUCAGAAGCCCCCGUGGGCUGAAUAUGAAGCAAUGGCAGCCAUUUUCAAGAUCGCAACCCAGCCGACUAAACCAAACCUGCCCGAGGAUGUGUCCGAUGCAUGCAGGGACUUCCUGCGGCAGAUCUUUGUGGAAGAGAAAAUGCGGCCCACUGCUGAGGGGCUUCUCAGCCACUCUUUUGUCCAAGGCAGCUUCUGAUACAACAGAUCUCUCUGGAAUCCCCAGGGAAAACCACACACCUGCUUACGGACAAUCACCACUCUGCCUUCCAAGAAACCUGCCAACCAGCCAACUAAGAACAAAUGUGACCAUAAUGAGGGGGUAUGUAACUCAGAUCUCCACGACGCAGCUUGAAGAAUAUCAUAAGAGGGAACCUAUGGACAGCAGAAGCGUGAUAGCAUUUUCUAUAUUGUUUCUAUAUUGAGUCGAAGCCCUGUCCCAAAUGACGCACUUGGCAAUUCUUAUUUCAUGAGUUACGCAUCCCUUUUGCUAAACGGGCCCUUCUCAUGUUUUCAGGGUUUCUUAGUUGGGUAAAACUUCUACGGCAAGUUUAAUUUUACAUUCCCGGUCCAAAAGCAAAUGAAAAAAAAAAACAGUGGAAUUUUCACAACUUUGCAUAAGUGGAAAAGAGGGAAUGAUGUCAAAAUGUCAGCAGUUUUGAUUAUUAUUUUGUCAUUUACUGUCAAAGUAAUAUAACACAAAUUAUAGCACUAUAAAUGUGUGUGUAUGUAUAUAUAUAUAUAUAUAUAUAUAUAUAUAUAUAUAGAUAUUUUAUGACAAACUUUACUAGAUUUACGAUGUUGAUAACCAUGGAAAUGUGUCAUCAGAGUCUGAAGAGGGAGCAAUGUUUACAGCACUCUAUUACCCAACAUUCCUUGUGACAAAUUACAUAAACUUUAAAGGGUUGUCAGAGCUUAGAGUGGGUCAGUGACAUAAACCUUUUUUUGGGGGGUCAAAUCCAUUAAUUUAUCCAAAAUAAAUGUAAAUUAAUUCAGUAGAACUAUUCUUAUGAUUAAGCCUCAUUAAAAUUAUUAAAUGUUUUGAAAAAAACAACAACAGCAGUUUAGAUUGUAGAUUGGCAUAAUAUAGAUUUUUUUUUUCUGUUUAAAUAAUCUUAUAUAAUACAUAAAGUACUUUAGGUUGCAAAAUGUCAUGUGGUGUAACUCCCCAAAACUUGAGCUUUUUAAACUUGUAAACUUGUCACAACCAACACAAAAAAAUUAGUUCAUAUUAAUCACAAAUAUGAAAAAUUAUUUAGGUGUGUGUACUCACUGUGUAUUUAACAUGUAAGGCUAUUAUUAUAACUUUUUUUUUCUUUAUGGUUACACCACAUUACAUUUUAAUAGGCUUUUUUAACCAUAUGAAAUCAUAUAAUAAUUCCAUUAUAAAAAAUGUCCACAGUUUUAUCAACUACAUUUAA